AAAAGGUCGACUGGGAUGGACCAGACGACCCUGCGAAUCCGAUGAACUGGCCCACAGGCAAGAAGGCCGCGCAGCUGGUGCUGAUGGCGGCGAAUACCUUCAUCACGUAGGCAACCUUGACUCUUCGCUGUUAGAGAGGUGAACUAACUCAGUAAAGCCCGCUUGCCUCGUCCAUGUUCGCGCCCGGCAUCCAAGGCGUGAUGAAAGACUUCCACUCCACCGAUAGUAUGCUGGCCUCGUUUGUCGUUUCGGUGUUUGUGCUGGGAUACGUGGUCGGUCCGUUUAUUAUUGCGCCCUUGUCUGAGCUCUAUGGUCGCGUGCCUGUUUAUCACGGCUCCAACUUGCUGUUCCUGGUGUUUACCGUCGCCUGCGCCGUCUCGCAGGACAUGCCGCAGUUAAUCGUCUUCCGGCUGCUCGCUGGUGUGGCCGGUGUGUGUCCGAUCACGAUCGGGUCCGGGACAAUUGCCGAUAUGAUCGUACAAGAGAAGCGCGCUGGAAUCAUGGCCGUCUGGGCGCUGGGGCCUAUCCUAGGUCCGAUCGUUGGACCUGUAGCUGGAGGGUUUCUGGCGGAGGGCGCAGGCUGGAGAUGGGUAUUCUGGGUGAUCGCGAUUACAGCCGGCGUGAUCAGUAUCGGAGCCCUCCUGGCCUACCGCGAGUCAUACGCACCGGUGCUUCUCGGACGCAAGGCCGCCAGACUGCGCAAGGAGACCGGAAACGCCUCCUUGCGUUCCGUCCACGACACUGGACGGACCCCUAAACAAGUCUUCAUCGACGCCUUCUCGCGGCCCGUCAAGCUGCUCUUCCUGUCACCGAUUGUCUUCCUCUUCUCGCUCUUCGCGGCCGUCUCCUACGGCUACCUAUACCUGAUGUUCACAACCAUCACCAGCAUCUUCGAGAACCAGUACGGCUUCUCACAAUCCCUCGCAGGGCUCGCCUACCUGGGGUUCGGCGUAGGCAGUCUGCUCGGCCUAGUCGUGAGCGGCGUCGUAGGCAACAAAAUCGCAGAAUCACACACCGCAAAGGGCAUCUUCAGACCCGAGUCGCGUCUCCCACCCAUGAUGUUCGGUGCGUGGACAAUCCCCAUCGGCCUGUUCUGGUACGGCUGGACGGCUCAAGAAAAGACGCACUGGAUCGUUCCCAUCAUCGGGACAGGCGUGUUCGCAAUCGGGCUGAUGACUGUAUUCAUGGCCGCCAAUACAUACCUUGUAGACUCGUAUCUGCUGCACGCGGCGUCCGUGACGGCGGCAAACACGGCAUUGCGGUCACUGGCGGGCGCUGUGCUUCCCCUUGCUGGACCGGCGAUGUAUGAUGCGUUGGGCCUGGGAUGGGGGAAUUCGCUCCUUGCGUUUAUUGCGCUGGCGAUGUGUGCCUGUCCGCUGUUGUUCUGGAAGUAUGGGGAGUUGAUCCGCACGCAUCCGCGGUUUCAAAUUCGGUUAUAAGUGGCCCCCGGAGUCAUUAUAUAUAGAAUUCAAUAAAAGUUGUCAUCGCAUAGAAGUAAUAUCCGCAUUAAUUAGUGGCUGGGCCGAACCGAGGAGCCGAAGCGGGGAACAAUCCUUCAUCAACAGCUCGACUCUCUCUUCGAAACUUUCACGUUCUCAGUCAAUCAAUGCCAUCAUGAUCUUUGAGCCCCUAACCCGAGUUCCCGUCCCGUAUGUGGACAUCCUGAGCUAUCUG